CAACAGCUUGGUAUUUUGUCAUGAUCUGCUCUCUUUGUAUGUAAAAUGGUCAUCGUCGCCUCCUGUUUGUUUUGGAUAUAUGAAUAUAUGAAUAUAUAUAGACAGACGGAAUUACAACGGGGACGAUGCCCGGGGGGGGGGGGGUGCUUCCCCUGUUGAAACCCUAUAAUCAGAUUCUGGUAGUAGCAUUCUGUAGCAAGUUCUAAGAAAAUUUUUUUAAACUUAUGGUCCCAAAGAAAUUCAAUUAUCAUCUCAUAUUAAAACUGUUGCCUGGGACCUUUGAAUCUUAUACGGCGCACCUUGUCACCCUCGAGAAUCACUUGGGUUUAGCAGUGAAGUUGGAAAGGAGAGGGUAGGCGCUAAUUGUGGCCAUUUUCUGCACGUAGGCAGAUUUGUUCGGAUUGAAACUGGAAGUCUUAUCAUCCUUCAGUUUGUCUCUAUUAUUGUUAGAAAAUCACAAAUUUAACCUUGCAAUUUUAUUAUAAAAACAAAUUGGUCGCCACAUCAUUUUAAACCUUUGUUUAAUUGGUUUACGUCUUCUUAUUAAUGUUUUAAAAUAUUAAGAUAGUAAUUAGGCUUAAACGUGUUUUGGGGUCUACAAUAAUAAAAUAAUUUAGGAACCAAAAUAAUUGGCUUUAAAACAUUGCUUUCCUCACAUGCAUUUGUCUUCUAGAUUUAAUAGCUAUGAUUUUUCUUAUUUUAAGUAAAAUAAUAAUAUUUUUAAAUGCUAAUAUUGAUAAACUACUUAACAAUGAUAGGCUUUUAUAUAUGAGCUUUUAGUUAAAUGGGACCUUAUAUUGCAUUGGGUAGGGGGAAAAAAAAAGAGAAUUCUUGUAACAAUUUUUUAUCAAGAAAAAAAAAUCGUAUUUUGUAUUUCUUUGGUUGCCCAAUAGAUUCGGGUUGGACAUUAGAAAUGGGAUGGUGGUGUGUCGGCAAAUAAAAGACCAACAGAGUAGCCCAUUGAGUUGUUAAGCAACCGAUAGGAAGUGGACAUUUUACUGACUAUUCCCUCUGUUUCAUCUUUUCUCUUCCACCUCUCUUUCUUCCUUAUGUCUUGAGUUACUCUUCACGGCAACAGAAAAAAAAAAAAAAAAAAAAAACAAUGGCAAUUGCAAUGGCUUUAUGGCUUCUUUUCUCUCCUUUUCUUUUCCUCUCUGUUUCUGCCGAUACUCAAACCAAAGUAACUGAUAACCCUGCUGAUGAGUUGGUGGCUGUGCUUAAUGCCAAUAGGACAGCGCACAAGUCAUCAUCUCUCACUGACAACCCAGGCCUGGCCUGCAUUGCUUUGCAAUAUAUAAAAGCAUACCAAGGUGAUUGUAAUGCUGUAGGAGGGCCUGAUGCCAAGAAGCCUACUGAUUCUGAAUUUGCCGAAACUUUUGCUCCCAAUUGUGGUGUUGAUGCCUCAACCCUCUCUCCAAUCACUGGCCGUUUACUUGGAUGCCAAUCCAAAUAUGUUGAGCCUCCUGAAGCAUUCUCAAUGUUGAUGAAAAACGAGAAGAGUUUGGAAAUUCUUUACAAUAAGAACCACACUGAAGUUGGGGCUGCUGUGACUGGCAUAGAUGGCGGGGCUCCCUAUUUCUGGUGUGUGCUGUUCAGCAGUGGUAAGCAAAACAGUAGCUUUGUUCUACAAGGAGGUGUGGCUAAAAUUACAAGACCUGGAUGCUUUAGUGGUGCCAAUGAUGAAUGCAGCGGUGCUGAUGAUUCACCUCAACCUGGUCAUAUGUGGCUUUACGCUGUUACAGCUUUCAGUGCUGCGGCAUAUGCCUUCGGGUUAUGAUCAUAGUAUCUGAACCGAUUUCCACCUGAUUGCUCAUUCUGAGGCCUGUUUCAGUCCAUUGUCUUAAAUAGCUCGGCCUCUCUAGUGUUUUUUGGUUUUAUCAUAAUUUUAUUGAUUAGCUUUUUCAUAUUGAGCGCAUCCACACGUUCCACCAUUGAUUUCCCCAGUUUCAUGUGUAAAAUUUCAAAUUGAUUGAACCAACUUGGAAUGACAAUUAUCUUUUUCACUUGGAAUGGUGUAUAUUGUUUAUCAUGACUUGAAAAGAUGUGAAAGGGGCUUUUCAGCAGCUAAAUUUCCUUUUCAUCACUCCCCUACCGAUGAUUUCUUUGGAUUGAUAUACUUUUAAUAUCUGCCGUUUAAUCCUAUGAUAACUCUAAGGCUCAAACAGGAUUUUGUUAGAUCUUACAAGUUACAUUUCUAUUUCAAUUAAAUCAAUCUGAAAACUUCAAUGAGCGAUUGUCUCUUUCUUAUCCUUUUUGGAUCUUCAAUCCUAAUCUAGAUGC